AUGACCUGGCCCACGACACAAGCGCCCAGCUCACCAUUGAGCUCUGCACCUUCCUCCGCACCUUCUCCUGCCGCCUCCGACUCGAGCCUCUCUGAGCUUUCCGACUCUGAGCUCUCAGAGAUGUCACGCUCACUCGCUCCCCGCCGCUCGUACCCCUCCCCAUCCUCCUCCAACCGCUCUUCCGCCAAGGCGUCGCCCGCGCCCGAGAACAUGCCCUCACCUCCCUCCAGCAACGACGACGACGACCGGCCACGCAAGAAGCGGAAGGUGGGGGACCCAAAGGAGCGCACGACCCAGCGUCUCGACCUCCGGCGGGACCUGACGGAUGAGGACAAGCCGCAGCUUGACCGCCUUUUGAAGACGCUCCACAAGAAGCGCAAAAUCGUCGUGAUCGCAGGUGCUGGCAUCUCAGUCUCGGCAGGCAUCCCCGACUUCCGAUCUUCUACCGGCCUUUUCAAGUCGCUGCGCGACGAGCGCAAGCGCAUUUCUUCUGGCAAGGAGCUUUUUGACGCCUCUGUGUACCAGAAUGAUUCUUCCACGUCCAAUUUUCACGAGAUGGUGCGCACGUUGUCGCAGCAGACGAAGAACGCCGAACCGACCGCUUUCCACCAUCUUCUUGCUACCCUUGCCCACGAAGGCAGGCUAUUGCGCCUGUACACUCAAAACGUCGACGGCAUUGAUACAUCCCUCCCACCCCUAAAGACCCAAGUGCCUCUCCCUAAGAAGAACCCCUGGCCAAAGACCGUACAGCUUCACGGCAGCUUGGAAUACAUGGUCUGCUCCAAGUGUCACACAGUUUCCGAAUUUGAUUCGGAGAUUUUCGACGGACCAGCUCCGCCCGCCUGCCCGAGCUGCCACUCUGAUGAUCUGGCAAGGCAAGCUGUCGACAAGAGAAGCCACGGGGUCGGUCGUCUGCGGCCACGUAUGGUGCUUUACAAUGAGCACAACCCGGACGAUGAAGCUAUCGGGGCCUGCUCUAAGGCUGAUUUGCGAACAAGACCUGACGCCGUCAUUGUUGUUGGCACAACUUUGAAGGUACCUGGAGUGCGACGGAUCGUACGAGAGAUGUGCGCAACCGUGCGAGACCGGAAGGAUGGCGUGACCAUUUGGAUCAACAACGAACCCGAGCCUAAAAUCAAAGAGUUGGAGAACAUAUGGGAUCUGAUCAUUCAGGGACCAUGUGACGAGGUCGCGCGACAAGCUGCCAUGCAGAAAUGGGACGAUCCCGUCCACAAGGAGGUUACAGAUGAUGAACUGCCGAAGCAAAAACCUUCCGUGGUGAUAGGAACGCCCAAAAAGGUUCUCAAGAUUCAAGGAAUGCCCACGCCCGCUCAGAGCCCGCGCAUUGGCCCACAAUCGCGGGACUUGCCAGGAGAGCCAGAAACACCUUCCAAGACCGCGAGAGGGACGAAGAGGGCUUCCGAAGGUGCUUUGAAGGUCAACGCGUUCAAGCAGUUGAACGGAAAGCCCAACGCCAAACCUCAAACCAAACGGGCAAAGGCUCAGCCCAAGAAGAAGACGGGCGCAAAGAGCAAGGCCACGAAGGUGAAGAAAGAGACGAAUGUGGCGAUAACAAACACCUUCAAACAGACGAAAAGCACUGCGAAGGUUGGACCUGCUCUGCUCAAGGGCAAGCUGGUUGCAGUACCCAAAGAAGAGAACGCGGACUCGAUCGAACUACCCAAAAGGUCUCCCUUGACCCCACGAAGGGAUGGAGCCAAAUACACUGUGUUCAAACAGCUGUCGGCUGCUGACUUCCGGUACAACCUCUGCAUGGAGCGUCCUCCAGUGGAACCGUUUAGCAGCCCGCUCAAGCCGCGAACGCCAAGUGAACAGAUUCGACAAGAGAACGAUCUUUUCCAUGCGACGCAAUCAACGAGCGAAUCGCGUCCAUCAACCGCGGACUCGACUUCUUCACGAAUGAGCAUUGGAAAUCUGCUGAAUCCGGAACCCGUAUCUUAA